CUUCAAACAGCGCAGAGAGUUGUCAGGCACCUGAACGGCAAACUGAUAUACUUUCUUUUAAGUAGCCAAAACCCCAGUUUGCGGCGAAUGGAGCGAGAGUUAGACGAGGAAGAGCUGCAGGAUUUGUACGCUUGGAUAGACAAAAUCCCUCUUUCAAGGCCCAAAAGAAACAUCGCCAAUGACUUCAGCGACGGAGUAAUGGCGGCAGAGGUUGUUAAACAUUUCUUCCCAAGGCUUAUUGACUUGCACAACUACACUCCUGCCAGCUCAACACAGCAGAAGCUCAGCAACUGGAACCUUCUCAACAGGAAGGUGUUUUCCAAGCUGAACUUCCAUGUGCCCGAGAAGUCAGUGAAAAAGAUUGUACUGAGGACAGCGGGAGUGAUUGAAAGCGUGCUCAGCGCCCUCCGGGAGAAGAUAGACAAGAAGCUAGAGCACAACACACACAACAUACUAGAUUUGGAAUACUAUGACACCAGAAACCCAGACAACACGGCCACAGAUCAUUGUCAGUCCGACGUGACUCAGACGACACGUGAAGGGCCGAAAAAGGAUGAGAAGUUUAAAUUGGAGAAUAGCAGAAUGCAAAACGCACCCCAGUUUUACUCCAACUUGGACCCAGCUCUCCGGCAGAUUCUGAAGGAAAAAGAGCAUGCGGCCAUGGCUUUGCAGGAGACGGUGGAGAUCCUGCAGAUGAAGGUGAGCAAGUUAGAGCGUCUGGUACAACUGAAGGACAUGCGGAUAGAUGAUCUGAGGCAGAAUCUGGAGACGUGUAACUGUCGAAAAGGAAAACACAACGAUUCAAACACCAGCGGCACAUAACACUUCGAAAAACUAGAAUAAAUGUAAUGCACACUUUUUAAUGAUUUACUUAGCUUCAAAUAAUCCUUAACAAAAAGAUGUACAAAGAAGCAAUGUGCAAGUGUGUUUCCACAAGUACAUUGAAGGUAAUCCAUUCAGGGACAUUCAUUCCGGAUUUUAAACCCUUGCCCCCGUAGGAUAUAAUAGAAUUUAUAUUAAUCUGUUCCAAUGUCAAACUAUAUGACACAAGUGUAAAAAUAGCAUGAAUAAUGUAACCUAUGAUAACACAUGAUGACGUGGGUUGGAGUCAAAGCCAAAAAAGGUGCAAGUGAAUCAUUCGAUACUGGCUAAACAGAGCUGUCGUACGGUAUGGUGACUUUUUUUGCAAUGUAUACGUGUGACGUCAGCCAUAGUGAUGGUUUAUAUGCCGCUGUAUUCAUUUAGUGUAGCAAGACACAUACAAGCCCUGUGAUUGGCUGGCGACCAGUCCAGGGUGUACCCCGCCGGGAUAGGUUACAGCACCCCCUGCGACCAUUGUGAGGAUAAGUGGUAGAAAAUGAAUGAAUACGCAUACAAAUAACAAACAAAGAAACAAAUACAAAACGCAUACAAAAUAUUGGAAGUGUACUUUUCAAACCCGUUUAAUUUAGUAGGAUUUUGUACAAAAAGUAAUGCAGGAAAGGAAACUAUUAUAAAUGAUGUGAAAAUGUUAUGACUUCAUAUGAAAUUCUCAUGUGAACACCAUGUCGAGUUGACAAAUGCUCAUGCUGCUUUUAACUGUUUAAAGGCAGUAAACCUGUUGUUUACACAUUUAUUCGUGGUAUACUUCAUUCCUGGGGUCAUUUUGGUUGGCCGGCCAUUUCCUGAUAACUGGCCCAAGCUUUAGAAAUGGCUUUCUAACCUUAGAUCUCCGUAGAUCUCCAUGAAGUUAUGUUUUAACAGACUCUACCAUCCUCUCAGCCUUUUCCCAUGCAGGCUGGCAUAAGUCCAAAGAAUAUGUGUAAUGUGUAUCUUUAUUUGUAAGACUUCUUUCAAAUACACCAGCAGCUUCAUGUGAUUAUGCAUUUGUCAAGUGUGUCUGUGUUUUGUUCAAGACAGAGAAUUAGUGUGUUUUGUCACUGCCUGGUACUGUAUAUUCAGGUCGUACCAUAACACAAACGCCUCUGUUCUUUCUUAAAAGUUAGCAUUUAAAUAUUUGUGUGCCUUUGUACAGCUGAAGCCGUCUGACCGCCAUGUGCUCAAUAAAUAGACUACUAUUGUGUUCCAG